GUUUUUUGCUUCCUGCUCUCAGGACCUCCCUUUUUAUGGAAAAACAUGAAAGUAGCAACAAGGACUAAAAACGCUGGAAAGACUUAAUUGUUUGUUUAAAAGCACAGAUUUGCGGUCGAGGACAGGUAUUUUUUGUGUUUUGUUGACUUUUUAUGUUGACUUUUUGAUGUUUAGCUUUGUGUAGCGGGAAAGGAGAUCUGAGGAACAUGUUUCCACUGAAGUCGUGUUGAAGGAGCUUCACUUGAAAGGAAGUUAAGGCCUUCAGUCGAGCUCGGCUUUCUUUAAACGUGUCGCCCGCGCAAGACGUAGAUGAGGACCGCUACCGAAGAGACACCAAGCAGCAGCUCCAGUGCAGGAGGCGGCAAUAGCACCGUCCUGCAGCGUCUCCUGCAGGAGCAAAUGAAUCGAAGUUUUGUGAUGCAGCAGCAAGGAGGAGCCGUAUCUGGAGGUGUAUCGCACGGGCAGGGUGGCCCUUCCGAAGACCAUUCCAUGAUCCCCCAUAUUGCCAGGCAGGAGCCCCAGGGACAAGAGCUACAGUCAGACAGCUUGGAGAAGUUGGGCUCCAGAGUGGUAGGAGGUUGUGGGAGCAACGGAGGGGGAGUUGGUUCCAUAACUGGAGGAGGUGGCAGCAGCGGAUGUGUUUCGACGAACCAGGGUCAGUGCCUAAACCUGGAGGACCUGCCUACUUACGAGGAAGCUAAGGUCCAGUCACAAUACUUCCGUGGCCAUGGUCCACCUCCUCAGCUUCAGCAGCAGAGCAGCCAGUCCCAGCAGAACACGCUGGCUUCCUCAGCGGGCGCCACCUUCUACGUCACUGGAGUGACUGACGCCAAAGUGCGCACCGAAGGUCGGCCCACCGUGCAGCGCGUUAACGGGGCGAUUAAGGUCCACCAAGAUGACGGACUAAAGGAUCUCAAACAAGGGCACGUUAGAUCUUUGAGUGAACGUCUAAUGCAGCUCUCCCUGGCCACAAGUGGAGUUAAGGCGCAUGCUCCAGUCAUCAGCUCGUCACUCUCCCCCCAGUUGGCUCCUCCAGGGCAACCGGGUGAUUACUACAAACCCCAGCAUCGCGGCCCACCUCCAGACUACCCCUUUAAAGGAAUGAGCUCACCUAGUAUGCAGCAAGAGACUGGGGGGCCUUUUCAUCAGGAGCAGUCAAGGGAAGUGCCCCACGUGCGAUAUCAGCCCCCACCAGAGUAUGGCUCCUUUAGGUCCAGUAAGGAUGGUUCAGGAACUUUCCAGAAGUCCCUUCACCAGCACAGCCCCACCUCUUCAGUCACCUCUGUUGGUUCUCUGUCCCGCGCCCAGUCCUCAACUCUCUGUAGCGUACCCCACGUCUCCCACUCCUCUCACCCCUCCUUCCUCCAGCAACAACCACAGAAUCAGGUUCACACCUUGCCCAGCAUGGGGCUUCGCAAUCUACAUGGUGUUGUUUCCCAUCAGGUAGGGGAGACUUUCACGCCGACGCCACAAAGAUGUCACGGUUUCCCUAGCAACCCCUACAGUUCCACACCACGGAGUUACAACAAACAGCAGCAGAAUCAUCAAUAUCAACUACAGCAUUUCCAAGGGCCGCUCCCUCCCCAGACUCAGCCUUUUGUUCAGGCUGGACAUUUCCCCCAUCUGCAUUCUUACUCCCACCUGCAGGGGGAAUCCUUUGCAAUGGUGACACAAGUCCAACAGAGAGUGGACGUGCUGACCGAAGAGAACCGAAUUCUGAGGCAGGAGAUGGAGGCUUGUCGUGAGAAAGUCACCAAGCUGCACAAGUUGGAAACAGAAAUCCAGCUUGUGUCAGAGGCUUACGAAACCCUCGCUAAAUCCUCCUCUAAACGGGAGGCCCUGGAGAAAACGAUGAGGAACAAGCUCGAGUUGGAGGUCCGGCGGCUGCAUGACUUUAACAGGGACCUCAGAGAGCGCAUGGAGACGGCCAAUAAGCAGAUGACGGCUAAAGAGAAUGAUGGCUCAGAAGACAACCUGAAGACCAUAUCACAGCUGCUUGCACAGAACAAAGAGACAAUAUGCGAGAAGGAAAAAGUAGAGAUGGAGCUCAAUGCACUGCGCUCCAUCACAGAGGACCAGAGGAGACACAUUGAAAUCAGAGACCAGGCUCUGAAUAACGCCCAAGCCAAAGUGGUCAAAUUAGAGGAGGAGCUAAAGAAGAAACAAGUUUAUGUGGAGAAGGUGGAGAGAAUGCAGCAGGCUCUCGCUCAGCUGCAGGCAGCCUGCGAGAAGAGAGAACAACUCGAGCAUCGACUUCGUACGAGGCUGGAGAGAGAGCUGGAAUCGCUACGCAUGCAACAGCGCCAGGGAGGCACUCAAAACAAUGGCGUGGUCCCAUCAGAGUAUACUGCCACCGCGCUAAUGGAGCGCCUAAGGGAGAAGGAAGAGCGGAUUUUGGCCCUGGAGGCUGACAUGACCAAGUGGGAGCAAAAGUAUCUGGAGGAGAGCGUCAUGAGGCAGUUUGCCCUGGAGGCCGCUGCUUCUGUUGCUACUCAAAGGGAUACAUCCAUAGCAAUGCUAAGCCAUUCUCCCAGCAGCAGCUAUGACACAUCGGUGGAGGCCCGCAUUCAAAAAGAAGAAGAAGAGAUUCUAAUGGCGAAUCGACGCUGUUUGGACAUGGAAAGCAGGAUAAAGAACCUCCAUGCCCAGAUAAUAGAGAAGGAUGCUAUGAUCAAGGUGCUUCACCAGCGUUCUAAGAAAGAACCAGUCAAGUUGGAUGUGCCACCAACAAUGAGGCCGUCUAAGUCUUUGAUGUCCAUCUCUAAUACUGGAUCUGGUAGUUCAGGUCUGCUGUACCACAGCCUUGGACUCAGUAGCUCACCCAUAACUGAAGAACGCAAGGAUACCAACUGGAAAGGCAGCCUGGGGGUUCUGUUGAGUCCGGAAUUCCGCACAGACUCUCUUCGAGCAGAGUCGAUAUCGUCAUCUCCUUCCCCGGUGUUUUCUUCCACACAAGUGGCAGCGGUCCACUCGAAGACUGGCAGCAGAGACAGCUGCACACAGACUGAUAAGAAUCAGAACCAGGACACCAGUAAGCCCGGCACCCCGGCCCUUCAGAGCAUGACCCUGCCAAGCCGACUGUCCAGUCCGAGCCCCAACUACAUCCCUGACCGUGGACUAGAUGGUCCGGUAUUUCACUGCAGCACCCUGGAGAGAAGGGUCCCCGCUUCGUCCCACUCGCAGCAACACCUCCCAGCUACACCCCCCCAGCAGGAAGUGGACAAAGAUUUGAUGGAAAUUCUCAUCUGAUCCACUGACCUCAUCCAAAUGAAUGAAUAGGUGGCAGCUUAAUAAGAACAAAAUGUGUACGGUAAAAUUCAUUCUCCUUUAUUAGCUGUGUCCCAACAAAGAAUAAUGAAGAAUACAACUAAUGAGCAAGUAAGCGCAUUUUAAAAUCAAAUUUCCUUGUAAACAUUUAACAACUGCAAUCAGACAAUCUUGUUUUUGCGCUUCCUUUAAGAUCAUUAUUUGGUUAAAUGUUUGUUAAAACAAACCAUGAAUAAUGUCCAUAAUAAUUUAUUAUGUGUGUAUUUACUCAUGUGACGUUAUAUAGUAUCUAAACAUCCAGUGUCCCAACAAACUGUCACCAUAAAUGCAAAUAAUACUGCAUUAACGCUAACAAAAGUUAAGCAUAAGAAUGAUGCAUUUUGAAAUGAUUGUGAUUCUUUUUGAUUGUUUUUAUUGUAAAAGUCAGAAUUGACAUCAGUCGCUUACAUGAGUAGAGGACACAGGUUGUGUAUCUCUCUACACCACAACCAUUCUGAUUUAUUUUUGCUUUAUUAUCCUACAUUACAUAUACAGGGUAACACAAAAAUGUAUAAACACACUUAUGUCAAUUGUGGCCCAAUAUUGUAUACAACAUAUAACACACUAUAUAAUAUACACAUUAUUAUAUAUGUUAUAUUCACACUGCAUUUCAAAUACACUCCUAAUCGGAGUUUUAAGAAGGAUUUACAUUGAAGGAGGUUCUAAAUAGAGCUUCAAAAUGCAAUGCGGCAUCAUGAUAAUUCUAUGGAACAAUGGAGCUUUGCGUUGUGCAGGGGUAUCAAACGGUAACUGGCUAUGUGGGACAUCCCUCGUGACUGAAGGCCCUCGUCUGUGCGUCUGUGUUAAUUGGCUAGAUUGCUAGGUUAACUCCAAAUUGUCCAUAAGUCUGAAUGUGAGUGUGAAUGGUUGUUUGUCUAUAUGUGCCCUGUGAUUGGCUGGCGACCGGUCUGGGGUGUACCCCGCUUCUCGCCCGAAGACAGCUGGGAUAGGCUCCAGCACCCCUGUGACCCUCGUGAGGAUAAGCGUUGGAAAAUGAAUGAAUUAAUUAAUUAAUUAAUCAUUUAGUGUUAAGUUGUUGUGUGAUGAAUUUAGUGCUGUUAGUAAUGUGUUCUUUGAAAGAUGACACAGUGACUCCAAUUUUUUUUACUCCAAAUUGUCCAUAGGUAUGAAUGUGAGUGUGAAUGGUUGUUUGUCUAUAUGUGCCCUGUGAUUGGCUGGCCACCAGUCCAGGGUGUACCCCGCCUCUCGCCCGAAGACAGCUGGGAUAGGCUCCAGCACACCCCUCGCGAUCCUCGUGAGGAAAAAGCGGUAGAAAAUGAAUGACUUAAUGAAUAAUUAUUACCUGCCUCCUUACAAAUACAUGAAAGGUCAAUAAUAAUAAUAAUAAUUAUAUGCUAGGUUUAUUUAAAAUUGAUGCAUAACAAUGCUUUGUUAAAUCUAUAUUUGAAGGCGCCCCCUGCUGGGCACUUGAAAAUGCAUGACAACUACUGUUUACAGUGCAUAGAAUAACAUGAAUGUAUCACAAUUGUGUACAUAGCCUAACUGUUUUGUAUCCUUACAAUUUCAGUUGUCACUCAUGUCUAUGAAGAAACAUUGAAGUAAACUA